AUGGAAGUUGGCACCUUCAAGACCUAUCCGCUUUACCGCAAGGUCUGCCCGGGCGUGAAGGAUUACCUGGACUUGCGCUCCGCCGAACUCAAAGAAGAAUUACAUCUAUAACUAUUUAGGGAAUACUCGUCGUGGUAUCUUAUCCAUGGUGAGCUCAUAAAAUAUUUAAAGAAUUUUCAAAUUUUGAUUGUGUAAAUUUAUAGGUGGAUGUCGACUUUCCCGUCAAAGACCAGCAUCAUCAACCCGUGAUAAUCUCCAUCGUCAGCACUAACAUGGAAGAGUUGGAAUGGUGUUUUCGGUAAGACGGCCUGCGGUUGAUGACGGUAAAAUUAACAUCGUGUAUUUGUAGGCCUGGGCCGUCCAGGAGCUUGAUGAUCAAUGGAAAACAGUAUAGCUUCGAUAUUCCAGAAGUCGGGAUUCAUCAAACGUGUGAGUUAUUUAUAUUGUAGUAGUUUGAUUUUUAGGCCAUGCGAUGCGGACACCCGGUGGUAAUGGGGUGGUGAAUGACAUGUUCCACGACGCAACGGCCUUGUCUUCCAAUCGUUGUCUGGGAUCAGAGCCAGAAACACCCGUUUCAUUGAGUUUAAAGGCUACAUGA